AUGUUGGACGCCACAAUGUCCUCGGCCCGUUCCAUCGCCUCCACGAGCACUGGAGCAUCGGCAAGGCCCUACGUUAGCAAAGUCGGCAUCCUUCCCAGCAGUCUGCCGGCCUACCACAAGGUAUUCAUGGAAAGGGAGAAGGCCAAAGCAGAAGGGCAGGAUAACUUUCCCGAUCAACCGCCAAUUCCCGAGCCAGGGGCUCCACGAAGCCAAGCAGACCAAGAAGAGACUCUUCGACGGCUCAAACCCCACAGCCGUAGUUUUGUCCGCAUGGAAGAUGCAAAGCGGCCCCAAGGCCUCACGCCAGUCAACCCACCAAAAAAGAACAAGCCCGUUCGAUGGCAGUUUGGCAUUCGCUCUAGAAACGCACCUUGGGAAGCGCUUGUUUGUAUCUACAAAUCUCUCCACAAAUUGGGAGCAAGCUGGAUUGUAGAUGAAGACUAUGAUCUCUUGCAUGAGGAGGAUGAACAUCAGGAUUACGACGGCAGACACUCUAGGAAACCGAGCUCGUCGUCCUAUACCGACCCAACCAAGCACUACAAGCUUCCGGCCGACCCAUGGCAUAUCAAGAUCAGAUGGUGCACAGACACAUUCCAAAAACAUUCCGCGGCCUCGGGCCUGAGCGAAACAGGUCAUUCACAACCACACCACGUCACUACUCGCGGCGAGAACAAGGAUCACAAGGUGGUGGCGACGAGGAUGGACGUACAGAUCUACGAGAUGGAGCAUGGCGUUUAUUUGGUAGACUUCAAGGUGGACGGGUACGAAACCCCCGAGGGCAAGCUGCUCGAGGACAAGGAGGUGACAAGCCCCUUCCCAUUCUUGGACAUGGCCGCGAGGCUUAUUAUGCAGCUGGCGGAUGCGGAUUGA